AUGGUUUGGAUAAAAGAUACUUCGAAAAGUUUUGGUUUCUCUAAAAUAGCAUUUCAAACAGGUUUUGGUUUUUCUCAGACAGCAUUUCAAACGGAUAUGUUAAUUUUUUUAGUCUGGACUUCAAAUGGAUUUUUAGAUCAGUUUCAGACUUUAUAG